AUGAGACGUCCCUUGCGUGGAGCCCAUGUCUACGCCCACCCGGGCGGCGAUGGUUGCGAUGACGCAUGGCAGCACGCUAAGCAAUACAAACACGCGAUCCGCAAGUUUGUUUCCGAUGGUGGACGGUUCAUGCGAUCCUGUGUCGGUGCACAUCUGGCUGGACCGUGGACUGGGCUUUUCGGAACUGGAAGCCCGACGGGACGCCUGGAUAAGGGUCAGUGGGUGUACUUCCAGGAUGGCGCGGUGAUACAUUUGCCGGUCACUUAUCAGGGCGUUGUUAUGGGACGAUGCUCCACCAACCAGGAAGUCGCAGUCUCUGUGACUCCGUUUGGCAAGGGCUGGGUUGGUUUGGUUGGACCACAUCCAGAGGCAGACGAGAGCUGGUAUGAGGACGCCGAUAUAACUAACCCGGAGGGAGUUCGCUUUGACAUCGGUCAUGAUUUUGUGGAGACUAUCAUGGCCCAAGACAAAGGAAAAUUGCAGAGUUACGGAUACGGUGCUCCUGAGUGUGUUCCGGGGAGCUACUCGAUUCUGGUCGCUUUCUUCCAUCACACGGAAGCUUUGCCCUGUACCCUGCACACAACAAUUUUCUUCGCUGGAGCAUUGCGUAGCUUUGUCAAGGACGCACCAGUGUUAGAUCCCAAGGAUCUUGGCUUCUCCACCCAAGGGCGCACUUCUCGUGGGAUCACACCACCAGCGGUAGCGAUCAUGGUAGACGCGGUUCGAUCGUGGGAAGUGCUGAUGGGACAGGGAGAGCAGCAUGCCCAGGGCGCUGGGUGGGAGCAUGCAAUGCGGUCAUUUAGCCAUGCUCCCCGGUCGCUGUGUCCCCAGUCUUUAUGGACAGGCUGA